CGCAAACGCGUCGGUGGCGGGUGCUGGUGAUGCACAUUGCACAACUUCUCUCUCUCCUCUCUCUAACAGUCCAAUCUCCGACGCGCUUUUCUUCUCGUCUCCGCCCAAACUUCCAAGCGGGAAAGCACGCACACUCCCACGUUUAGAGAGAGAAAGAAUCCGGAAACCGUCUGGAGAGAGAAAGAACAGACCCUCUAAAAGAAAAGCACGGCACGCAGAAAAAGAGAAAGGAAAAAGCAAAAACGAGAAAUCAUCAAUUCAUCACUCCUUGGUCCAUUCAUGGGCUGCUCUGUUUCGAGACCUGAAGGCGUUUUAACGAACAAAGCCACCACCGCCACAACACCACCGAUCCCGCGAACGCUUUCGCUCCCUACUCCGCUCGUCCACCACCCGCCACUCAGAAAAGGCGACACCCACCACCUCGUCUCCCUCACGUCCACCACCUACGGCUCUCUCCUCCUUGACUUUGAUUCUAACAUCCCCAACCCUAAAUUCAACGGUCAAGAUCAAGAUCGAGAUCAUUUCUCUCCUCGCUCCAAAACCCUAGCCCCAGAAGACCCGGAGACCCUAUCUCCGGAUUCUGUCAUCAACGCCUGGGAACUCAUGGCUGGCCUCGAGGACUUGGACUUGGACUACUCUGCCAAUGCCAAACCUGUUUCUGCUUCUUCCGUUCGAGAUUCCCCAAAGAAGCCCUACCCGUGUCCGGUCCAAGAUGGGUUUGUGAAGAGAAUGUGUGGUUCGUUUGAGUCGUCGAAAUCUUCGCCGGCGAACAAGAACUCUGUUUUGGUCGAUACGAAGGUGAAGAAAGUGAACUGUAAUACAUGCGAGUCCCCGCCGUCGGCGGUGGCGCAGGCGGAGGCUUCGAAUUCUCCAUCAAAGCCUCUUUGGAAGCACUUGGCGGAGGAAUCGCUGCUUGCGGAUUUGGAUCCCAACGUGGCUUCUAGUUUCAGGCGAGCUUUGUCCGCUAGGCAAUUGGGGUUUAAUCAGUCUAGAACAGUGAGGCCGGUCGGUUCGUGGGCGAAGGUCUCGCCUUUGUUUGAAAACCGGACUCGGUUGCCAGGGACUGAGGAUAGAAUUGUGCUGUAUUUCACCAGUUUGCGGGGAAUCCGAAGGACUUAUGAGGAUUGUUGUGCUGUUCGAGCGGUCUUCAAGGGGCUCAGAGUUCCGGUGGACGAACGGGAUAUUUCUAUGGACUCGGCGUACAGGAUGGAGCUGCAGAGAGUGUUGGGAGAGAAGAUCGUGAGCUUGCCCCAGGUUUUUAUCAGAGGGAAGUACAUUGGAGGGGCUGAUGAGAUUAAGCAACUUCACGAGGUUGGAGAAUUGGUAAAACUGCUUGAAGGAUUCCCUAGUCGAGAUCCUGGGUUUGUCUGUGAGAGCUGUGGCGAUGUGAGGUUCAUUCCUUGCUUGAAUUGUAAUGGUAGUCGUAAAGUUUUCGACGAGGAGGCAGAGCAGUUGCGGAAGUGCCCAGAAUGCAACGAGAACGGAUUGAUUCGAUGCCCAAAUUGCAGUUCUUGAAUGAUAUAGAGUAAUGAUCCAGUUUGCAGGACAUAUAGUUCACUGUUUCUGGAGACUUGUGAAGAUCCCAUUGAAAAAAAAAUUACUGUGUUUUGGGUAUCCUUGUUCAUCAUCUCUCACUCCCUGUAUGUAAAUUGAUUAGCACUUGGGUAGUUGGGUAUCCUUGUUUAUCAUCUUUCUGAACAACACAAAGAAAUAAAAGUACUUUUUUUGAGGCUGUAUUAAUCAUCGGGCAGAAAUUUGUGAAGCUUUACUUUGUUCAAUCUGAUUUUAUUUUCCAUUUCAAUGGCAACCUACAUUUAUUC